ACAGAUUUUUUUUUUCUGCUCGUCGUCUUGUAUAUCGUUCUCUUUCGUGUUUAAAUGGCUGUGCAAUGGCCAAGACAGGGAUGGAUAUAAAAUGAAAACGAAAAUCUUGUGAUUAGAAUCAAACAAGAAAUGAUGAGAAGAGAAAGAAGAAAAAAAAUGUCAUAAACGAAAUUUUCAUAUAUGAUAUUGUGUUUGAAUGGUUUUUGAUCCUGCGUACAAAAUGGACAAUUUGCCAAAAAAAAAUUCUUCCACAUCGAAUUUUGUUUACAGUGUUUGCAAAAUGCAAUAGAAUUGUCGAAUCAAAAUCGAUGAAAUUCGUCUCAGCCGAAUGAGAGCGAGACAGAGCGUUGAAAAAAGAAACAACAGACCGAAUGUGCGUAAUUGUGUUUGCCAAUCAAUUCAAUCACAGAAAUCGAGCCAAAUUCCAGCGCAAAGCAGCAAUUCUUAUCACGCACGCGACACACACACACAGUUCUGUGACAGCAACAGCAGCAGCAUCAGUAUUUAAUAGAAAAAGCAAGUAAACCGCCAAUAGAACAGAUCACCAGCCAAGGAAAGAGAAAGAAGAAAUCAAGUAACAAUGGCCGAAUAUUGGUUGAUAUCUGCACCCGGUGACAAAACAAUGCAACAAACAUGGGAAACCAUGAACAACGUAACCAGCAAACAGAACAAUCUGUGCGUCAACUACAAAUUCCAUAUACCGGAUUUAAAGGUUGGUACAUUGGAUCAAUUAGUUGGUCUUUCCGAUGAUUUAGGAAAAUUGGAUGGAUAUGUUGAAUCCAUCACACGUAAAGUGGCUACGUAUUUAGGUGAAGUACUUGAAGAUCAACGUGAUAAAUUGCAAGAGAAUUUAUUGGCGAACAACAGUCCUGGUCCGCCCGAUUAUGAUUCACCGGAGGAAUCGCAUUCAUCGGAUCUCGGAACGACGACGGCAUACAGUCAACACAAUCACAAUUUGAAUAAUAACCACUCUAGUGCGAAUUUAAAUCACAGUAACAAUAAUAAUAAUCAUAUACAUGGUGGUCACCAUGCGGUUGCCAGUGAUAAUAAACAUGAACAAUACGGUUCGCGACAGGGAAGUUUAAGUUCGGAACGUGAUUGUGAUUCGUGCGCAUGUAGCGGUGGCAACAAUAGUGGUGGUAAUGGCGGCGGUAGCGAAACAGAAAGCCCAAAUGAACCUUAUACACAGACUGCUGAUAAUGAUGUAUUCGAUUGGUGGUUUCAUAGAAAUAGAAGUUCAAAAAAAAGCAGGAGUCGAUCAUCGAGUCAAUUAUUUUAUAAUGGCACUAAUUCAACGUAUCGAUCAUCGCCUGUAAGCAGUUGUUGCGGUAGUAGUCAGGGUCGUUCAAGUCCUGAAGUUGAUUUAGAUGGCGAAACAAUUGGAGAACCACCACAUAUGCCUUUGAGCCCAGCUGAUCUUCCAUCGUACAUUACCCGUUUCCAAUGGGAUAUGGCGAAAUACCCAAUCAAGCAAUCGUUGCGGAAUAUUGCUGAUAUAAUUUCCAAACAAGUUGGCCAAAUUGAUGCUGAUUUGAAAACCAAAUCGGCCGCUUACAAUAACCUCAAGGGGAAUCUGCAAAAUUUGGAGAAGAAACAAACUGGAAGUUUGUUGACACGUAAUUUGGCGGAUCUAGUGAAAAAGGAACACUUCAUUCUCGAUUCCGAGUAUUUGACCACAUUGCUGGUUAUUGUACCAAAAGCGAAUGUGAACGAUUGGACCGCAAACUAUGAGAAGAUCACAGACAUGAUUGUGCCACGUUCAUCUCAAUUGAUUACCCAAGAUGCUGACUACGCACUCUUCAAUGUGACACUUUUCAAGAAGGUGGUUGAGGAAUUUAAAUUGCAUGCUCGCGAAAAGAAAUUCGUCGUUCGCGAUUUCACUUACAACGAAGAGGAAUUGGCAGCUGGCAAAAGUGAAAUCACCAAACUUGUGACCGACAAAAAGAAGCAAUUCGGUCCACUUGUUCGAUGGUUGAAAGUGAAUUUCAGCGAAACAUUCUGCGCCUGGAUUCACGUCAAAGCACUUCGUGUAUUCGUUGAAUCGGUUCUCAGGUACGGCUUACCCGUCAAUUUCCAAGCAAUUUUGAUUCAUCCAAACAAGAAAAGCGUCAAAAGACUGCGUGAUGUGCUCAAUCAGCUGUACAGCCAUCUGGAUGGCUCAGCAUCAGCUCCUUCAAACAACGCUGAUAAUGUCGAUAUUCCCGGUCUUGGAUUCGGCCAAUCCGAAUACUAUCCAUACGUUCACUACAAACUAAACAUCGAUAUGGUGGAAUCGAAAAUUAACUAAUGGAAUGGCAAUAAUACAAAAACAAAACAAAAACCCCCGAACGUAUCCAAUACAUUUCAAUCCAUACACAGAAAAGAACAACAACAACAAAAACCACAAUUACUUACUUUCACCAAGCCAGCAAUCAAUAUAAAUAUUAUGUAUUCCAAUCAAUUGGCAAGGGCGAUAAAUGUGUUGCACUGAAACGUGAAGAGAAAAGAAAAAACUGAGAAAAACCAAUAUACAAUUUUCCAAACCAAUUCAUUUGAAACGUUUGAAUCUUUUAAAGAGAAAAAAACCCUAUAUGUAUAUGUUGUUCGAUCGGACAGAUAUCGAUUUGAAACCAAUUAUGAUUUUAUUUUGAAACGUGAUGGGAAAACGACACAUUUUCAAAUAAACAAGGUCAUCAAAAAUACUUCUACUUAUUUAUAACAUGUUUCACGCACAAAUGUGCCGCGUUUCAAAUUUCAAUUCGAAUCGGUCAAUGAUUUCGGUCAGUUAUUCCAAAAUAUAUAUCCAUAAAAUGGACUUGAAUUGAUUGUUACCCGGUUUGCGUCUAUUUUUUUCGUGCUUCAUUUUAUGAAUUGAACGUUUCAAAUGUAUCCUUACUUAGAAGUAGGUGUAACGUAUUUUCGUUUCGUGUCAUACACAAGCCAAUAAAUAUAUGUAAGGCGUGCAGUAUGACACAGCGAUAGAAUUGAAUAAUUGCAGUGACGUCGCAAUUGUGUUGCGUUUCAAAAGGAUGUAAAGAUUCGAGAGCUGUAAAUCUGCACAUUUUUAACAACAAAAAAAUAGAUGAUUCAUUAUAUUUGGCAUCAUCCAUUUGUGUUGGCUGGAAUCAACCGUAUCAAUUAAGUCCGUAAUUUUGCCACAUAUUUUGACAUCCUGGUUAUUUUGUUUUCUUCUUAAUUCUGUACAUAUCGCACCCAUAUUGAGUCACCAAAACCAAAUCAGUUUUUUUCCUUUCUUUCCAUGUGGCUAGAAAUGUGUGUGGGUUCUUGUUUUAAAUGCGUUCAAUGAUUCCAUUAUUUAAAACAAAAAGUAACAAAGAAGUAUGUGUGUGUUGUUCGUAAUAAACUUUAUAAGGAUCUAUCUUUCUUUCUCCCAGUAAUUUCAUAUAUUUUUAGCAUCACUUUGAUUGCAAUUGACAGCCAAAAGAAAUCAACACACACACACAUACACGCAAGAACAAUUCUAUUUAGGGCAGCCAAGAGAAAGUGAUAGAGACACUAACACACACACACACACACACAACUUUGUGAACUUUCUUUGUUAAUUUAAUUCUUAUUGUAUAUUUUAUUCGCUAUGUAACCUUUACAAUUUGUCGAGACAGUUUAAACAAACAAAAAAAUUUUUUCUUUCCCUUGUCCUUUAUGUACACAGUAAUUUUUUUUUCUUCGUUCUUCUUCUCUCCUCCGGUUUCAUUCUUAUUAUUAUUUUCUUUUCUUUUUUCGUUGUCGUCGUCGUUAUUUGCUUAUUUUUUCUGAGUUAAGAUCGAAAGUAAAUAGAGAGAAAGAAAAAACAAAUCUAUAUAUUUGCCAAGAAAUAGGUCGAAGAACCUGACAAAUUACGAGAAUAAAAAUGGAACAAAUUGUUUUUGAGUUAUAACACACAAAACGUUACAUAUUAAUAUGAUGAUGCAUAUAAUAGUGAGGAAAUCAAUUUUAAUGAGAACAUUGUAAAUGAUCUAAAGAAAAACAACAACAAAACACAAAUACACGUUGUAAAAAAUGAAGGAAAAAAAAAUAAUUAUGUAAAAAGACAGUAUUUUAAUCGAUAGUGAAAAUAAACGGAUAAACAAAUUUUGUUGUGUUAAUAAAA